AUGGUGUUCCUCGGCAUCUACCGCGCGCUCUACGACUACGUGCCUCAGAGCGACAAUGAGAUUGCGCUGACCGAGGGCGACCUGCUAAUGGUCCUGGACAAGUCGUCCGACGACGACUGGUGGAAGGCCAAGAAGAAGAGCCACGACGAGGACGCCGAAGAGCCCGAGGGCCUGAUCCCGAACAACUACAUCGAGGAGGCAGCCCCCGUGGCCCAGGCCAAGGCUCUCUACGACUAUGCUCGCCAGACCGACGAAGAGCUGUCCUUCCAGGAAGACGCCAUCCUCGACGUGUACGACGUCUCGGACCCCGACUGGUCGCUCGUCGGCUUCGGCGGCGACUACGGCUUCGCGCCUGCAAACUACACCGAGGUCAUCAAGGGCGGGACCGUGCCAAAAGUCGCAGUCACGUCUCCAGGCCUGCCCCCACGCCGUCCUGUAGCUCCUGAUUCAGACGACGGGCAGGACCCGCCCACGCCAGACAGCCCGCCGCAGUCGCGCCCGAGUCCCGCUGCUGUCAUAGCUGACCUCAUUCAUAAGAAGUCCGAGCAGCAGGCCGUCCCGCGCGAGACAAUCUCUCCACCAAACGACAAACCCGCUCGGAAACGUGUCCAGUUCACUCCCGAGGAAUCCGAUGAAGAGCCGCUGCCGCCUCGUAUGCCCAACCGGGCCCACUCGCCGCAACGUGCUCCUCCACGCUCUCCGUCACCUGUUCGUCGCAGGCCAGACCGGACCAAAACCUUCGACGAGUACGAUCCUUCGCCACGCGAGCGCGACAACUCGCCCAACACGCCCCUUUCAGGCUCCGGCUACCACUUGUACAACAUCUAUGAGUAUCUCACUCAGCCUGGAAAGAACAAGAAGAUGCCUGUCACGCUGGGUAUCAACAUCCCCCGGGGCAUGAUCAUGAUCGCACCUGAAAAGGCGCGUGAUGGUGCACAGGAGGAAUGGUCAGCGGAUAAAAUGGAGUACUACUCGCAGGAGGGCAAGCAUAUUUUCAUGGAGCUGAAGCAGCCGAGCAAGAGUGUCGACUUCCACUGCGGAGCCAAGGACACUGCAACAGAGAUCAUGUCAGCUCUUGGAGAGCUGGCAGGUGCAGCCAAGGGCGCUGGCCUGCGCGAGGUGAUUGCUGCUGCCUCUGGGCAUUCGAAUGUGCAGAAGAAGGGUGUCAUGCUCUUCGACUUCAUGGCUCAGGGCGACGACGAGGUCACUGUCGGUCUUGGUGACGAGAUCCUGGUUGUCGACGAUUCCGCCAGUGACGAGUGGUGGAAGGUCCGGCGGCUGAAGAAUGGCAAGGAGGGUGUUGUCCCUGCUAACUAUGUCGAAAUAACAGAGACCUCUUCUAUUCCGACCUCCUUAAAUAACGCUCGAUCUAGUCCGAACCCUGGCCGAUCAGUCGUAGAGCAGAACAGGCGGGAGGAAGAGGAGAAGGCUCGUCAGGCCUCGAAGCGAGACAGGCCGAAGAGUGAUGUGCGAAGUGAUCAGGUAGGGCCCGGUCUGCCUUUACCCGCCCGUGGUUCUAGUCUUCUGCAAACAAGCUCUGACCAUCGUCGUACUUCACAGAGAUCAAGCACGCGUGAUAGCUCCGCCAGAGACUCGAAAUCGAAGUCCUCGUCGUCGAAAUCCUCAUCCAAACCAAAUUCUUCAAAGCUACGAACGUGGACCGAUCGAUCCGGCUCAUUCAAGGUUGAAGCUGAAUUCCUGCUACUCAAAGAAGGCAAAAUCCAUUUGCACAAAGUCAAUGGCGUCAAGAUUGCUGUGCCAGUUACCAAGAUGUCCGUGGAGGAUUUGGAGUACAUUGAGAACGUCACAGGCAUCUCACUGGACGACGACAAGCCACUUUCGGAGAUCAAAAGGAGAAGCACCGUUCGUACGAACGACAGAGCUGCUGCUUCAUCGCCCGGAAUAUCGGUCCAGAAGAAGUCAGGCUAUGACUGGUUUGACUUCUUCCUUAAGUGUGGUGUCAACCCUCAGAUAUGUGAGCGUUAUGCUCAGGCUUUCGAUAAGGAUCAGAUGGGCGAGGAGAAUCUGCCUGAUAUUACCCCCGCGCUUCUCCGCACUCUGGGACUGAAAGAAGGCGAUAUUCUUCGCGUCACGAAACACCUAGACAGCCAGUUCAACCGCAACGCUGGUGAGGCCGGUGCAGACGGUGGUGCUGGAGGCUUGUUCUCUGGUCCUGGCGGCACACUGCGCAACAACACUCGAAAGGGACGCCCAGCCCCGCCUGUGGAGACGAACAAUGAUAUCGACCCGAAGGCGUUCGAGCAGAAGUCCGACGACGCAGUCAAGAAGCCCGCUGAUGCGACAAGGACGCCGUUGGCGUCUGCGCCUGUUCCUGACAAGAAGUCAGAGGGAGCUGAUGGGUUUGACGAUAACGCGUGGGAUGUGAAGCCUGCGAGGUCGACUCCAGCAGCACCAGCAGCGUCACCGCCCCCUGCCCAGACAGCACUCCCUGCACCAAAACCUCCUGCUCUUACAGGCUCGAUGAAUGACCUUUCUCUUCUAGACAUGCCCGCGCUCAAGCCUGAAGAGAUGCCAAAGGCGCCAGAACCAACUCCCGCUCCUGCCCCUGCGCCAGCGCCAGCGCCAGCGCCGGCUCCUGCUCAACAACCACAACCUACAGGGGCCACUAUGUCUCUGUUCGAGCAGGUCGCUGCUAUCAAGGCCCUGACCCAGCCACAGAAUGUGGGACCACCAAGACUGAGGCCGCAAGCACCUCAGCAGUCAGGGCCUGGUGGUCUCAUUGCACCUCCACCCCAGCGAGCAUCCUCAGCACCGCAGAACCCGCAGCAGAACAGCGCCUUUGGCCCUCCGCCAACCCUCAUGCCCCAGCUUACAGGCUUCCAGGGCAACCCCAACAUGCCCCAAAUGGGCCCUCCCGGGCAAGGUAUGAUGAACAUGCAACCGCAAAUGACUGGCUUCCCGCAGCAGAACCCUGGCUACAAUGGCUUCCAGCAGAAUGGAAUCAUGCCACAACCGACCGGAUUUCAACAGCCGCAGAACGGCUAUGCCCAGUUCCAGCAGCCACAGCCUACUGGCUUCCAGCAGCCAAUGCAGACUGGAUUUGGUCAGCAAGGCUUCCAGCAAGGCUUCGGCAAUGGCAGCCCAUUCGCAGACCCACCCCGGGCACCUUUCCAGCCUCAGCCAACAGGCUACAACAACUUCCAGCCGUCCCCACUUAAUCCUCAGGCUACAGGCAUCAACCAGUUCCUCCCACCUGCUCUUCAGCCUCAGCCCACCGGCUUUGGACAAAGCCCACCUCCUAUGCCGCCAAUGCCGCCAAUGCCGCCUAUGCCCAUGGCACAGCCGUUGAUUCCGCAGAAGACUGGUCCCGCUCCUCCUGUCCGUUUCGGAACACAGCAGGCAAAGAAGCUGACGCCGCAGCCAACAGGCAAGGCCAGUCUUGCCAAUGCUACUCCCCAAAACCCAUUCGGCUUCUAG